GGCGGCGGCAGCAGUGGCCUGAGCGUCAUGCUCCGUGUUCUCGGCGACGGCUGUGGUCUCAGCCGGGGCCUCGAGUGUCUCCCGCGAGUGAGCACUCAGGUGCCUCUCCUCUGGCCCGGUUAGCCCCGACAGAGAAGAGGCCGUGAGGAACAGCGAGAGAGCGGCGCCUCCCUCCUCGGCACCAUGGCCGGGAUCAUCAAGAAACAGAUCCUGAAACACCUCUCCAGCGUUCCCUGCUGGUUAUGGUGGAGAUUGGUGUGCUGUGAAUUGCUUAACCACCUAAAUGAGUACCAGAAGAGUCUAAGAAACCCUGGCAACCCUGGAAUAGGGACCUUUUGUCUGAAUUUCCUGCCCUCAGAUUUACCAAAAAUUUAUCUCCUGACAAGAUAAAUCUAAGUACCCUGAAAGGAGAAGGUGAACUGAAGAAUUUGGAGCUGGAUGAAGAGGUGCUCCAGAAUAUGUUGGAUUUGCCCACGUGGCUUGCUAUUAACAAAGUUUUUUGUAAUAAAGCAUCCAUUAGGAUCCCAUGGACAAAACUGAAAACACAUCCUAUCUGUUUGUCUCUAGAUAAAGUAAUAAUGGAAAUGAGUACAUGUGAAGAACCACGAGCUCCUAAUGGCCCAUCACCAAUCGCAACUGCCUCAGGACAAAGUGAAUACGGCUUUGCUGAAAAAGUAGUUGAGGGAAUUACUGUUUCUGUAAAUUCUAUUGUCAUCAGAAUUGGAGCAAAAGCCUUCAAUGCAUCCUUUGAACUUUCUCAGCUAAGGAUCUAUAGUGUAAAUGCAAACUGGGAACAUGGAGAUUUAAGAUUUACUAGGAUUCAAGAUCCACAGAGAGGAGAGGUUUUGACAUUUAAAGAAAUGAAUUGGCAGAUGAUUCGAAUAGAGGCAGAUGCUACCCAAAGUUCACAUCUUGAAAUUAUGUGUGCUCCUGUUCGAUUAAUAACUAAUCAGUCAAAAAUCAGAGUCACACUUAAAAGAAGAUUGAAGGACUGCAAUGUCAUAGCAACAAAAUUAGUUCUAAUAUUGGAUGAUUUAUUGUGGGUUUUAACGGAUUCCCAAUUGAAGGCUAUGGUACAGUAUGCGAAAUCUCUUAGUGAAGCAAUAGAAAAAUCAACAGAACAAAGGAAGAGUAUGGCUCCCGAACCUACACAGAGCUCUACAGUGACCCCAUCGGCCCAGCAAGUGAAGACACCCCAAGCAUCAAAUGCUCCUGAUCUGAACGAUGCCAUUGUGAAACUCUUCAGUGACUUUGAUGUGAAAGAAACCUCCCAUCACUUAGUGAUUUCCCAUUUAGAUUUACACAUAUGUGAUGAUAUUCAUGCGAAAGAAAAAGAAUCAAACAGACGUAUUACUGGAGGUGCUAUGCAACUGUCUUUUACACAGCUGACCAUAGAUUAUUAUCCUUAUCAUAAAGCAGGAGAUAGUUGUAAUCAUUGGAUGUAUUUUAGUGAUGCAACCAAAACAAAAAAUGGAUGGGCCAAUGAAUUGUUACAUGAAUUUGAGUGCAACGUUGAAAUGCUUAAACAGGCUGUGAAGGAUCAUAAUGUAGGUUCACCUCCUAAAUCCCCAACACAUGCCUCUCCCCAGCACACACAAACAGAGAAGGACUCCACUCUGAAAGGCGCUUCUAGAACACCUUCAGUAUUAUCUCAACAAUCAAAAGCUAAGCUAAUGUCUAGUUCUGUUGUGAUUAGACUUGCAGAUUUCAAUAUAUACCAGGUCUCCACAGCAGAACAAUGUCGUUCUUCCCCCAAAAGUAUGAUUUCCUGCAAUAAAAAAUCCCUGUAUCUUCCACAAGAAAUGUCAGCUGUCUAUAUAGAAUUCACAGAAUAUUACUAUCCAGAUGGAAAGGAUUUUCCAAUUCCAUCUCCCAACCUCUAUAGCCAGCUGAAUGCACUACAGUUUACUGUGGAUGAAAGAAGCAUUCUGUGGUUAAAUCAAUUUCUAUUGGAUUUAAAACAGAGUCUUAACCAAUUCAUGGCUGUGUACAAGUUGAAUGACAAUUCAAAAUCUGAUGAGCAUGUUGAUAUUCGAGUUGAUGGCUUAAUGCUAAAGUUUGUCAUUCCCUCUGAGAUGAAAUCUGAAUGUCAUCAAGAUCAGCCACACGCCAUUUCUAUUCAGAGCUCUGAGAUGAUUGCCACAAAUACAAGGCACUGUCCAAACUGUCGACAUUCUGAUCUGGAAGCUUCGUUUCAAGACUUCAAGGAUUGUGAUUUUUUUAGUAAAACAUACACUAGCUUCCCUAAAUCUUGUGGCAGUUUUAAUCUUCUACAUCCAAUCUUCCAGAGACAUGCUCACGAACAAGAUACCAAAAUGCAUGAAGUUUAUAAAGGGAAUAUAACUCCCAAACUGAAUAAACACACACUUAAAACUUCAGCAGCCACAGAUGUUUGGGCUGUGCACUUCUCUCAAUUUUGGAUAGAUUAUGAAGGGAUGAAAAGUGGAAAGGGACGACCAAUAAGUUUUGUAGAUUCUUUUCCCCUAUCUGUGUGGAUCUGUCAACCAACAAGAUAUGCAGAGUCACAGAAAGAGCUCCACACUUGUAAUCAGGUGUCUCUAAAUACAUCCCAAAGUGAAUCUAGUGAUCUGGCUGGCCGACUGAAGCGGAAAAAGCUUUUGAAGGAGUACUAUAGUACAGAGUCUGAGCCCUUGACAAAUGGUGGUCAAAAACCUUCUUCAUCAGAUACAUCUGUAAGAUUUUCCUCUUCAUCAGAUGCAGAUAUUCAUGUCCUGGUUCAUGUUCAUAAGCAUGUCAGUAUGCAGAUUAAUCACUACCAGUAUCUGUUCCUGCUUUUCCUGCAUGAGUCUCUCAUUCUGCUUUCAGAUAACUUAAGGAAAGAUGUGGAAGCUGUGACUGGAAGUCCUGCUAGUCAGACAUCCAUUUGCAUUGGAAUUUUACUUAGAAGUGCAGAACUGGCUCUUUUGCUACAUCCAGUGGAUCACACAAAUACUCUUAAAUCUCCUGUUUCUGAAAGCAUGAGCCCAGUGGUUUCUGAUUAUUUGCCUACAGAAAAUGGAGAACUUUUGUCUUCAAAAAGAAAACAGUUUGGUGGUAUAAAUCCAAUGAGACGUGUAACUAUAAAUCAUAUGUCAGACAACAGAUCUAUGAGUGUUGACCUUAGCCACAUCCCUUUAAAGGAUCCUUUGCUUUUUAAAUCAGCUAGUGAUACAAAUCUGCAAAAAGGUACUUCUUUUAUGGACUAUUUAUCAGAUAAACAUUUAGGGAAAAUAAGUGAAGAUGAAAGCAGUGGACUUGUUUAUAAGAGUGGCUCAGGAGAAAAUGGAUUAGAAGUAAGUGACAAAAAGGACUUACCUUACACAGAUUCAAACAGUGUUUUGAACUACAGAGAAGACUCAAAUAUGCCAUCAUUUGGUAAUGAUGGUAAUCAAAGCAUACUUUCCAAUAGUUUAACUAAUAAAGGCAGUGAAACUAUAGAGUCAAUCUUCAAAGCUGAAGAUUUGCUUCCAGAAGCAGCUUCACUCUCUGAGAACCUGGGAAUUAGUAAAGAAGAGGCACCCACAAUUAGAACACUUAAAUCUCAGUCAUCUUUAAG